AGAGCCCCAGGCCCUGACGGCGACCUAGAGGCCACAGCUACAGGUGUCUCCCAAGGACACUCGGAGAGGCCCUCGGGGCCCUGCGCCCCUUCAGGACUGGAGGAGGCACUGAGCGCGCUGGGGUUGGAGGGAGAACGCGAGUACGCUGGGGACAUCUUCGCAGAAGUCAUGGGGCGCUGCGCACUGCCCCAGAGAGCCCUGCCCCGCACUGUGACCCCGGAGAUGCGUGCACUAGUGGUAGACUGGCUGGUCCAGGUGCAUGAGCACCUGGGCCUGGCGGGAGAAACCCUUUAUCUGGCAGUGCACCUACUUGAUUCCUAUCUAAGGGCUGGCCCAGUGCGCCUACAACGUCUACAGCUGCUGGGUGUCGCUUGCCUGUUUCUAGCCUGCAAAAUGGAAGAGUGUGUGCUUCCUGAGCCCUCUUCCCUCUGCCUCCUGAGCGCGGGCUCCUUUUCUCGGACUGAACUGCUACGGGCCGAACGCCGCAUCCUAAACCGCUUGGACUUCCGGCUGCACCAUCCCGGCCCUCUGCUCUGCCUCCGGCUGUUCGCGGCGCUGGAAGGGAGUGGCCCCCAGGUGAUGUUACUCGCUACCUACUUCCUGGAGCUGUCCUUGCUGGAGGCUGAGGCUUCGGGUUGGGAGCCCGGUCGUCGCGCAGCUGCAGCUCUGAGCCUGGCGUAUCGCGUGCUUUAUGGGUUGGGCUCCAGGCCCCUGUCGGCAUUUUACAGGUGUGGCUUUGGAGGAGGGUUUGCGAUAGGGUCUCUGAGGCUCAGAGACCUCCCUUGCUGGUCGUCAUCUUUACCAUCUCAGAGAAUGAGAAACAAUUAUUCGGGGAAGAGGCGGCACCUAGACUUACCUUUUCUGGGCGUAGGAGAGAAUGGGGUAUCUGCCUAGC